UCAACGAACUACAUUUCCCGGGAAUCCCGGCUUCUCUCCUCCGGAGCGAAAGGGGGCUUUCGCGCCGACGCGAAGGCAAAAGCCUCUCGCUCCCUCUCCGCCUCUCCGGGCUGCUGCAUGUGUGGACCGUGUGGGGAGCGAGGGGCGGAGCUGGGAAGCCUCUGAGCUACAGCAAGCCGCCCAAUGCAGUAGAAGCUCUCGGAGCGAACGGAAGCCCGUCCAGCACAAUGCAGCACUGAGGCGGCGGAGGCGGCGGCAUUGUAGAGGAGAACACGCGCCUCUCUCGCUCGCAAGGAGAAGGAGACCCCGGGAGCGGGGGGCGCCUUUCCUCUCCCCCUCCAUGCCAGCCGCCGAGUGACCCGCGCUUAUUGCGGGCGGGAGGAGGAGGAGGAAGGACGCGCCUCCCUCCUUCCCACCCGACCGAGACCCAGCCAUGCAGCCAGCGACUUCUCUGCUCUCCUUGACGCUUUGUGCCUUCGGGAUGCUCUCCGGAGCCGGCUCCAGCCGCGCAGGAGACGCCUUGUUGACAGAGAUGGAGCGAAGGGACGGGGAUCGCUUUAUGGAGAGGCAAAAUAUCGUCCCUUUCCGGCUGAUCUAUAGCACGGACGGUGGCAACGAAACUCAACACGACGUGCUCAACACCCGCAUCGGCGGCGGCGGCAGCUUCGGUGGGAAGCAGUCCACUCAUAUCGCCCGAGGCAGCUUCCAAGUUGAUGCCUUUGGAUCUUCUUUCAUCCUGGAUGUAGAGCUAAACCAUGAUCUGCUGUCUUCAGAAUACCUCGAGAGGCACAUCGAACAUGGCGGAAAGAUGGUGGAAGUGAAAGGUGGAGAGCACUGUUAUUACCAAGGUCACAUCCGAGGAAAUUCAGAAUCAUUUGUUGCCCUGUCAACCUGCCAUGGACUUCACGGCAUGUUCUAUGAUGGAAAUCACACGUAUCUUAUUGAGCCGGAAGAAAACUACACUUUGCAAGAGGAAUUCCAUUUACACUCUGUUUACAAAUCCAGAUUAUUUGAAUUUCCUUUGGAUGAUCUUCCAUCUGAAUUCUGGCACAUGAACACCACGUCACAGAAGUUCGUUGUGAAACCGAGACACAAAAGAAGAAAAAGGCAGGUUCAUCAGAGCCCAUAUAAAGUUGAAGAGGAAACUAAAUAUGUUGAGCUAAUGAUCGUAAAUGACCAUCUAAUGCUGAAAAAGCACCGAUUAUCGGUUGGCCACACGAACAGCUUUGCAAAAUCAGUAGUGAACAUGGCAGAUUUAAUUUACAAAGAACAACUCAACACCAGGAUAGUCUUGGUUGCCAUGGAAACCUGGGGUACUGAUAACAAGUUCACCAUAUCUGAAAACCCACUGGUGACCCUGCGUGAGUUUAUGAAAUAUAGGAGGGAUUUUAUCAAAGAGAAAAGUGAUGCAGUUCACCUUUUUUCGGGGAGUCAGUUUCAGAGCAGUCGCAGUGGGGCAGCCUACAUUGGUGGGAUUUGUUCGCUUCUGAAAGGUGGUGGCGUAAAUGAGUUUGGGAAGCCGGAUUUAAUGUCAGUAACAUUGGCACAGUCCUUAGCUCACAAUCUUGGCAUUUUCUCAGACAAAAGAAAAUUGCAGAGUGGUGAGUGUAAGUGUGAGGACACAUGGUCUGGCUGCAUAAUGGGAGAUACUGGCUAUUACCUUCCAACCAAGUUCUCCAAAUGCGACGUUGAGGAGUACCACGAAUUUUUAAAUAAUGGAGGUGGAGCCUGCCUUUACAACAAGCCUUCCAAGCUUCUCGAUCCUCCAGAAUGUGGCAAUGGCUUUGUUGAAGCUGGAGAAGAAUGUGACUGUGGUACUGCGACCGAAUGUCGUGCUGAAGGUGGUGAUUGCUGUAAUUCCUGUAGUCUAACGGCUAACUCUGAAUGCAGUAAUGGACUUUGCUGUAAAAAAUGUCAGUUUGAAGCCAAAGGAGUUGUAUGCAGAGAAGCUGUGAAUGAUUGCGAUAUUGCAGAGAGUUGCACAGGAGACUCUAAUCAGUGCUCUCCAAAUCUGCACAAAAUGGAUGGGUAUUCAUGUGAUAACGAAGAGGGCCUUUGUUUUGGAGGACGAUGUAAAACAAGAGACAGGCAGUGUAAAUAUAUCUGGGGAGAAAAUGUGACGGUCGCUGAUAACUAUUGCUACGAGAGGUUGAAUAUAGAAGGAACUGAGAAAGGCAACUGUGGCAGAGACAAAGAUACUUGGACACAGUGCAAGAAUGAGGAUGUUCUUUGUGGCUAUCUCCUGUGCUCUAAUAUUGUUUCUAUCACCCCAAGACUUGGGGAACUCGAUGGCGAAAUCACAUCGACUUCUCUUCAAACUUUGGACAAGUCCUUUGUUUGCAGCGGGGGUCAUGUCAAGCUAGAGGAAGAUGCAGACCUUGGCUAUGUAGAAGAUGGGACACCCUGUGGCCAGGGAAGGAUAUGUUGGGAGCACAGAUGCCUUUCUGCGGAAUCUUUUAACUUCAGCUCCUGUCCAGGAAGUACAGAAGGCACCAUCUGUUCAGGGCAUGGAGUGUGCAGUAAUGAAAUACAGUGUAUCUGUGAAGGGUUGUGGACUGGUGCGGACUGUGCCAAACCCGCCAUGAAACCAAGAAAUGACGAAUAUAUGCCCAACCCAGGUGUCACUAGCACAAAUAUUAUUAUAGGUGCUAUUGCUGGUACAAUUUUAGUGUUGGCUCUGAUUAUGGGCAUAACUGCAUGGGGUUACAAAAACUAUCGAAGACAGAGACAAAUCCCUCAGGGAGAUUAUGUAAAAAAGCCUGGUGAGGCCGACUCCUUUUAUAGCGACAUGCCGCCUGGAGUCAGCACAAACUCUGCAUCUAGUUCUAAGAAGAGGUCUGCUUUUCUGUCGCAUUUUCAGAUUUCUACCUGUUCCAUCACACAUUAUUCCAUUAGUCAGAACCUUUCAUUGUUUUGCAGCAGGUCAAACGGAUUAUCUCAUUCAUGGAGUGAAAGAAUCCAAGAUGCAAAGAACCUUUCGGACAUCUGUCAGAAUGGGCGACCCAGGAGUAACUCAUGGCAAGGUAAUAUAGGCGGCAACAGGAAGAAAGUCAAAGGCAAAAGAUUUAGGCCACGGUCUAAUUCCACUGACAGAGCAUCCCAUGCUUCUGAGCCUGGGCUUUCCCACACCAACCAAACCCCACCCCAAGGCAUAAGCCACAGGGGUUCUCACCACCCCCAGACAAGGGAUCGGGAUCACAGGACCCUUUCCCCUGCAAAGUCCCCAUCGUCAUCUACUGGCUCGAUUGCCUCCAGCAGAAAAUACCCAUACCCGAUGCCUCCACUUCCUGAUGAGGAGAAAAAGGCCAACAGAGCAAGUGCCAGGCUAUGGGAGACUUCCAUUUAGUUCCACUGUCUACCUGAGCUGAUACCAGAACUGUUUACUUCAGAUUUUAUACAAACUCAGCAUUGUUGAGUCGCGGAACAUUCAUCUGCUAAGUGGACAAUUUGAAGGGCAGAGAUGCUGACCAGCAUGGAGCAAACAAGUUCCCUGAAGAAAGAAAAGGCAAUUUUCUGCAGCGGAUUAGGAUUUUAAUUACAAGUAAAGAGCAACCAAACCAUAUACAUACCCCAUUAACCUGGGAUACAUGGAACUGAAAAUAUAAAAGAUUAUUCCGCAUGGUGACAGAUAAUAUGUAGAUGCGCAGAUGAAUCUAAUUGAGAGUCCCAAAUGUGGGUUUUUCUUUGGUCUAACAUAAUCCCAAAUAACUGUAAACAAACAAACAAAAAUAGAAUUCAGAAUUUGGUAUGUAAACAUUUAUGCUGUGUGCAUGAAUCCCUCCUUUCACCACUUUCCAUGUGUAAGGGACUAGUCAUUAUACUUUAGUAAAACUAGCAUGCAGAAGUAAGAAAUGUUUUUUCCGCAAGUGGGAUCUGAAGAGGCAAACAUUAUGACAUAAGCAGCCAACAACAAAAAAAAUUGCUUUUUUAUUUUUAUUACUUUUUGUGAUUAUAUUCUCAGUAGGAACACAUACGUGUGUAAAAAGUUGUAAAAUACCAACAAUGCAAUUAUAUAAUGUGGGGUUUUCUUGUUUUGCUUGAAGAACACUCAUGAGUGAACAUUACAUGUCCAAGAAUAUUCAGGGCCAAAGUAGGCGUGGCAUGGAAGGAGGACCAUAGGUCAAUGGAAGAGCACAUGGUUUGCAUGAAAAAGGUUCCAGGUUCAAUCAGAAUCGUCUCUAAGCAGGACUGGAAAAGUCAGCCUUGGAGAAUGGCUUUCAGUCAUCGUAGACAACACUGAACUAGAUGGACCAGGGUCUGACUCUAAACAAGACAGCUUCCAAUAUAUAUAUUUAAAUUUAAUAGCAGCUGCAAGGGGAGGGAUGGUUCUGUAGUGCUGGGGGAGGAUUUUUCAAUCUUUUCCCCAACCGUGCUGUUUCCCCCUCAAAAACCGCCCCUCUGUAGCUGCUAUGCCAAAGCUCAGGUGCUAACCUGAAGGGUCUAGAAUGCCUUCCUGGAUCCACAGAAAACAGUGGUUCACCCAAUGACAUCAAUGGGACUUUAACGGAGCACUUACAAAAAAAAACAAUGACGUCACAAUCAGGGACCACAACAGUGAAUGUGAUGGUGGUCAGAAUGGCACAUUUGCUGUAUAUAUUACAUUUUUUCCUGAAGUUCAGCUACCCAGAGCUCCUAAGUUAUUUGGCUUCACCAAUUUAUCCUAUGUGCUGAUAUAAUACUAUGUAAAUAAUGCACUCCUUGGCCAAAUAAGAGCCAUUAACUGAAUGGUUUGAUUAAGUUACCAGAGGCCAUUCAUCUACAUGGAGUUGCAUAAUACAUGUAUGGAGGAAUCUCUGUUCCCACACGGUGCACUAUGCACUAUCGGUAUGCUAUGUUGUUAUUGGCUAUAUACAUUCAUCGAUGUUCCUGAACUGAGUUUGUUAUGAAAGAUUUUGCAAAGCUGUUUUUUUUAAAAUAAAUAAAUAAAUAAAAUAUAGGGAAUCUUAUGAAGGUGACACAAUAUUGCCAGUAUAGAUUCUUAUAUAGGAGCCGUUAUCCUGAUUAACUAAGCACAGGGAUGAGGAAUAAAUUUGUGGCCCUCCAGAUGUUGAGACUCCAAUUCUCUUCUGCCCCUGCCAGCAUGGCUAAUCACCAGGAAUGAUGGGAGUUGUAGUCUAGCAACAUAUGGAAGGACACAGGUUCCCCAUUCUAUGAUGUAACAUUGCAGGUGAUAAGAUGGUCAUACGCAAAAAGGAAAGGGAGAAGAAUCUUCAAAGGCAUUUACAAAAUAAUGUUUUUUGUGUAUGUUUUUUUUAAAAAAAAUUAACAAUAUGUUCCAGUCAGUAUAUGUUCCCGUCCUCUUGUUAAUUGCAUUCCAAAAUAACUGUGAGGUAAAAUGAUGAAAAUGAAUAAGCACCUUAUUAUAGGUCUGUGGUGUGUAUUGUAGCUCUCAAGGUGUGUAUUAGGCAAUAUUCCCCCAGUGAUUCAAAGCUGCUUUUUUCCUAGCAGCAACUAGAGAAGAGAUUUUCGGGAAAACACUGCCUUGCAGAACCCCAAAUAAAGUGAUACCCACAUGCAUGGCAAGGAAUUAAUGGGCUGUUGAAAAAUCUCUAUUUAAAGCAUUCUUUGGCAAGGGCAACAGCUUCUAAAUUUCCAAAUUUUUAUACUUAUUUCACACAAUUCUUUGGUACAUAUGUUGCCAUGUGUGGCCUUCCUUCAUUUAACUCAGGUAUAGAGCACCUGUGAACCCUCCAGAUGUCGUUGGACUCUCAAUUCCAUCAGCCCCACUGAGCCUAGUCGCUGGUUGGGUUGAUGGGACCUGUAGCCCAACAUCUGGAGAGCCACAGGUUCACCUUUCCCUGAUGUAACUGGACUUAUUUUAAGAAAUUCCACUUAGUUGGAAAUGUUGGUUCUAUGUGAAUAUAAAGUGCAUUUAAGAAUGUCUCCAAUUGUAAAAUAUGUAAGACUUUUAAAGUGUUAUAUUUAUAAGACUCUGCCAGUUAUAUUUAUACAAUACUGGCCUUGCAGUCAUAAAUAAUCCCUAUAAGAAGCAUAAAGUUGGGUAAGUAUUUUGAUUUGUAAUACAGUAAAUAGGAAAGGAAAGUUAAAAGAGAGAGAGAGAGAGGAAAUUUACACAUGAGAAAAUGUCUAAAGGAUUGUACAGUAUAUGUAAAAGUAUAAUUUUGCAAAUAUAUAAUGUCAGCCAGAGAAUUGAGGGUGAAAGCUAAGUUAACAUCUUGUGCCAUUAGACUUGGGGAAACUGGGUUGAAAACCUGACUACCUUUCCCUUGGUUUCAGUGGAUUUUGAUGCAACUUCUGGAAUGCAACCUCCCUUCAGGUUAAAGGAAGGUUAAAAUAAAAAGGCCAACUUCAUAUUAAUUGUAGAGAAUACACACACACACACAGAGAGAGAGAGAGAGAGAGAGAGAGAGAGAGAGAGAGAGAGAGAGCGCUUUUUGGUCCUCAGUAUCUGAAACAUUUAGAUGUAUAUCAUGUGCCUUUUUGGAUGUUUUUUUGUUUUGGUACAAACCUAAGCAUCAUUUUAAAAAGACUGAUUAAGGUUUUUUUUUAAUCCUCCAUCUUUUAUUUUUAGGUGUAUUAGGAAGAGUGAAGUUUUGGGUUUUUCCCCAGACAGAGCUGAAUGUAAUGUAGUGUUAGUUGAAACAACUUCAGAACAUUCAUUGAGAAUACACCCUUGUCUGCAGUUAAUGGCAUACACUGUUACCUACCAUUGUUUUGACCAUUACUAAUAUUUGUAAAUAUUCACCCAUUCAGUAAUCUUAAUGUAAAGUUAAAAUAUAAUUUUAAUAAAUCUUGGCUUUUACUUCCAUGGUCUAGUGCAGGAUUUCUCAGCUCACAAAACUGGAUUGCCUUGGUGUGUGAAAGGGUCACGGACGAUGGUCAGUAGGAAAUGAUGAUUUAAGUCUGGAUUAAGAAGGGUAACUAAUGGGUUUUGAGUCCUGAAAGACAGAAGAGGUAAGAUUCUGAGAGGGGUGCUGCUUCUAGCUAUCCUCACACUUUGGAUCUAGGUGGACAGAUCCAGGGCAUCUGCUUGUUUUAUUUUAAGCCAUAUGUACAUAAAGACUACUUCUGGAGAUGCCUCUGCUGAGCUGUGUUCACAGGCAGAGGCAAUGGAAGGUUCCUUCCCCCCAAAUAUUUAUUUCUUCUCAGGAUAAAUGAGCAUGUCUCCUUUCUGUAGAGAUUUCCAGGAAAAAGUAUCUUAGUAAGAUGUGAUUGAAAUGGAUGUCAACUCUGCAGCCUUGCUCCUAUGAGCCGCUGCGCCAGCAAAUAAAAUAGAAAGGCAGAAGGCAAUAAAUUUGCGAUCCUCCAGAUGUGGAGCUCCAACUCACAUCUGCCCAAGGUAGCAUAACCAGUAGUCAGGGAUGAUAGGGAUGCAAUAACAUUGGGAGGACAUCAGGUUCUCCGGUUCUGGAAUAAGGAUUGUGAUGUUUUGUGAGCUUCCCUGGGAUACUGUCGCAGCAAAAAGCCAUGAACAGUAGCUAGAGGCACAGUCAAAGCUCAUUUGCUGCUAUUUACUGUAGGUGUUGCAGUGCCACAGAGAAGCCACCCCAAACUUUUCUGAGACUUCACUAAGUAUGUGGCUAAGUCUCAUGAGAGACUUGGAGGUAGGGUUGCCAGACUCAAUAGAGGACAGGACUUCUGUGCCUUUAAUUGCCCUGCUCUCUUUUGAGUCUGGAAAC